UCAAAGAUGUCGGCGCCCAUCGUCAAUUCAUGUGUAAACAGCAUGAAGUCAAUUUUGAUACAUUUUGCGCACGAACACGUAGAUUUUAGACUUGCUGAGCUGGCAUCAAUAUUGAAGUUAUUCAAAAUAACCACAUGUUUGCCUGACCAAAAUGGUUUUUCACCAUUCUUGAAACUAGACUUGCCAUCACUUGACUGUGCACAACAGAUUGCAAGCCGGGCUGUGCUGAUCAAAUCAGUCUAUGAGCUCUGGGCGCAAGGCAAAACACACAAAGAGUUAAAUGAAUCUCUCUCAAAGUUGCCAGCAAAAUUUCUAGAUCCUUAUAUAACAUCAGGUGAUACUUACAAGUUUCAAGUUACGAGCUUCAACAAGAAAAUUCCACCCAAAAGAAAACUUGAGAUUAUAGAGAAUCUUCCACAUGAGGUUUUGGCAUUUGAGGGUAGAGUAGAUUUGAAGAACCACCAACAUGCGUAUCACAUUAUUGAGGAUUAUGGGUCCACCAUGGGCAAGCCGACAAAGGAACCAGAGCAAGUCUUCUUUGCUAAAUGGAUUGCAGAUGGGCAAAGAGACAAAAUAAAUGAAUUUCAUCUGCAGAAAAGACAUUUUAUAGCCAACACUAGUAUGGAUGCUGCUCUCUCUAUGAUAAUGGCGAACCUGGCUAAGGUGGGGCCAAACAUGGUGGUAUUGGACCCUUUUGUUGGAUCAGGCAGCCUUCUGGUGUCAGCAGCUGCCAAGGGGGCCUAUGUGAUGGGUACAGACAUUGACUAUCUGCUGCUACAUGCAAAGUCCAGACCGUCUCGUUGCAACAUGAAAAAACGGCAGUCUGACGAGAGCGUGUACUCUAACCUACAUCAGUAUGGGCUAGAAAAGCACUUCUUAAACGUGUUGGUAGCCGACGCCUCAAAACCCCAUAUGUGGAGAGAGCAGACGUUCUAUGACGCAAUAAUUACUGAUCCACCGUAUGGUAUUAGAGAAGGAGCAAAGAAGAUUGAUUUCAACCCUACACUGAGUUUAACAGAUGAGCAACGGAAUGGUGGCACCCAUAUAGCCCAAAGGACAGAGUACCAUCUAUCUGACAUCUUCAGAGACUUGCUGAACUUUGCUGCCCGAUACCUACACGUGAAUGGCAGACUUGUGUACUGGUUUCCUGUUCAGUUGCAUACGUACGCUGAAGGUAACAUCCCAAGUCAUCCUUGUUUACGACUUGUUCACAAUUGUGAGCAGAAACUCAACUCGAAAGUGGGGAGACGACUGAUUACCAUGGAGAAAGUCUGUGAAUUUAAUGAUGACAUGCAAGAUGCCAAGCUUGCAGUGGACCAUUUCCAAGAGGCCUCGUUCAGAGACAUGUACUUCAGUGAGUCCAGCGUACUGAAGGAGAAGCUGACCCAAGCGAGGUCCAGACCCCUGAAAAGUGCGCCCCAAAAUGACCUUGAAGUGAACAAACGACCCCAAAAUGACCUUGAAUUGAACAAACAACCCCAAAAUGACCUUGAAUUGUGCAAACAACCCCAAAAUGACCUUGUAGAGAGCAGAAGAGACUUUAGUGAAGAUGGGGUAAAUGAUAAAUUGUCGCAAUUGAAUUUGAAAUGAGAAACCAAACAAAUGAGUGGUGAGAAAUGUGAAAAAAUGAUUGAUAAUCUCAAUCGAAGUCUUGACCUCAAAAAAGUGGGCCCCAAAAUGACCUUGAAGUUUGGCAAAAAGACAUAGCAAAGAUGGGGUCAACAACAAGUGUUGAAGAUUGAUCAUCUGAAAAAAGUCUUGACCUCUGAAAUAUACACCUGAAAUAGCAAUGAAGUGAGCAAACAAAAUAUAAGCAAAGAUGGUGGCAAGAGGGUCUGUGAAAGUAUUAAAUUUCAAACCUUACAAAUGUUUGUCCUAAAAUGACUUUGAUGUGAGUGAACAUGGUAAUAUUGCAGGUUACAGUGAUGAAUACAAAUUGACCCAAUCAGAAACUGGAUCUCCUAAGGGCACUGUUGUAAGAAUCUUGAACAUAGGGUUUAUUAUAGUCAAGAUGGCAACCUCCAUGCAGUAAAAAGUGUUUAGCCUUUAUUUUGCAUUCAAAUUUGCUUUAUAUCUCAACUUUACUCGCGGCAAAAUUUUCUUAGUGGAGCUAUAAUUAGGUCAUCCUUCUAAGAAAUUUUGCAAUGAGGAAAGUCGAGAUAUAGAACGAAUAUUAAUACAAUAUAUCGAUAUAUAAACGCUAACCCUUUCAGUGCGGGAACCGAAUUUUAAAGGCCUUUGCAAACAGUUUGGAUCCGGAUGAGACGCCACAGAACGUGGCGUCUCAUCAGGAUCCAAUCUGUUUGCUAUUCUGAUAGUAUUCUUUGAAAAAAAUAGAAGAAAAUGCUAAUUUUAGAAAUUCUGCAGACGACAUUUUAGCAGACAAAAAAUUUCCCAGCAUGCAAAGGGCUAAUCACUGUCUUACUGAUAUGGCUGGAAAGUGAACCAAAUUUUAACAAUUAAUAAAAGUAAUAAACAGCGAAGAAUACCUGUCUCAGUAUGGAUGUUGUCAUCUCGUUUGGCAUGUGAUUACCCCCUCUGUUGAAGUGUGGCAACAAGUAAAUAGUAAAGGGGUAGGUGAAAAGAAGUCAGAAUCUGGUUCAUCACAAGUAUCUUUAAUAUCAAAACACCUUGAGAAAAUGUCUUAAAAGGAAAGAGUGACAGUGCUUGUGAUUCAAACUUUAGAACAAUGGUUGGUGAUAUUGGUGAGAUUUUAAAAAUUGUAAUAGAAAAUGUAUGUGAUACCUGCAUGAUGUCUAUUGAUUAUAAGGGAUUUGAUGGUAAGCUACAAAUUAAAUUUCAUAUUUUGUCUGCUAAUGCAAAGAUUACUGCAACAUUUUGAAACCGAAGACUGUAAAAAAUUAUGGGAAAAUAACAAUGUUGUGUUUGAA